CCCCCCCCCCCCCCCCCCUCCAUUUGUGUCUCCUAUCUGCAUCUGCUCAUCACAUUCUUCCUCCCUCACUCUCUCUCUCUGCUGGCCCAGCUUGGUUUCCUCUGCGUGACUGACCUGAGCGGACUUUUUCGCGCGAGUGUGGUAAGAGGAGAAAGAGGAAGACAAAGAGUUGGCCCAUGCGAGCAGCGUGUGGACUGAGUGCAGCUGUUUCGUUUAGAGAAGAACCCAACAUGUGAGAAGAUGUCUGUUGGAGGUUGUGCAUGUCCCGGCUGUUCGUCAAAGUCAUUCAAGCUGUACUCUCCUAAGGAGCCCCCCAACGGCGGCAUUCCCCCCUUCCACCCAGGCGCUAUGCUGGACAGAGAUGUGGGGCCUACACCCAUGUACCCCCCCUCAUACAUGGAGCCUGGAAUGGGGAGACCCACACCGUAUGGGAACCAGACAGACUACCGGAUAUAUGAGCUGAACAAAAGAUUACAGAACUGGACAGAGGACUGUGAUAAUCUCUGGUGGGAUGCCUUCACCACAGAGUUUUUUGAAGAUGAUGCUAUGCUCACGAUCACUUUCUGUCUGGAAGAUGGUCCAAAACGAUACACCAUCGGCAGAACGUUGAUUCCUCGGUACUUCAGAAGUAUCUUUGAGGGGGGUGCCACCGAGCUCUUCUAUGUUUUGAAGCAUCCAAAGGAGUCGUUCCAUAGUAACUUUGUGUCUCUCGAUUGUGACCAGUGCACCAUGGUGACCCAGAACGGCAAACCUAUGUUUACACAGAUUUGUGUUGAGGGCCGCCUGUACCUAGAGUUUAUGUUUGACGACAUGAUGAGGAUCAAGACGUGGCACUUCAGCAUCAGACAACACAGAGAGGUCCUACCAAGGAGCAUUUUGGCUAUGCAUGAUCCCCAGAUGCUUGAUCAGCUGGCUAAAAAUAUCACCAGAUGUGGGCUGUCUAACUCCACGCUCAACUACCUCCGUCUAUGUGUGAUAUUGGAACCCAUGCAAGAAUUGAUGUCUAGGCAUAAAACCUAUAGUUUGAGCCCCAGAGACUGCCUGAAGACCUGCCUCUUCCAAAAGUGGCAAAGAAUGGUAGCGCCUCCAGCUGAGCCUGCCAGACAAGCUCCAAACAAGCGGCGGAAAAGGAAGGUGUCCGGCGGGAGCACCGUGAGCUCUGGCGGAGGCAGCAAUAACAACAGCAACAGUAAAAAGAAGAGUCCAGCCAACAGCUUUUCACUCUCCAGCCAGGAUGUGAUGAUGGUGGGCGAGCCCACUCUGAUGGGAGGGGAGUUUGGUGACGAGGACGAGCGUCUGAUCACGCGGCUGGAGAACACGCAGUACGAUGGGGCGAAUGGCCUGGAGGAUGAGGACAGUUUCAACAGCUCACCUGCACUGGGGGCACACUCGCCCUGGAACAACAAGGCACCCUCCAGUCAGGAGAGCAAGAAUGACAACUCCCAGUCGUCCCAGUAGACGAAGGGGGUCUCAGCUAACUCUUUUUGUUUUUUUUGUUUUUUUUUUUCUUUUUCCUCCCCCCACCCCCCCAAAAAAACCUACUGGGAUCCACCUGAGCCAACAUGCUAGCAAGAGGGGUCAGGGAGGGCGGCUUCGAGCACUUAUGUUGAGUUAAUUUUUAUUUGUUGUGUUCUUUCAUGAUAAAAGAAGAGUGGGUGGUGAAAUAGAUGGACCAAUCGAGCUUAUUGCCGUCACACAAAGGCCAGUUCAGCCACUCUAGCUCCCUCACA